ACCUCAUCAUCAACUCUGAGACAGCACAAAAACAAGAAAUAGGCAACAGUAUUAGUUUGGCUAUGACUAACCUCAUGGAAAUGAGCUCAUCAAGUCCAGUGCUUCCCAACCGCCCAUCAUCCCUCACUCACUCAGCUUCAGCUCCAGCUCCAUCCCCAUUACAUCAAGAUUCCUUCAAAAGUCCAUUUUUCAGUGCAGCCCAGAUGAUGACACCUCUGGCCAGUCCGAUGAAGAGGGCCCUCUCUAGUGUGCAGAUGUGCCUGGAAGAAGUUGGGCAUCUCACCAGGCUUGACCUCCAGGACUCAUGGCUGCCCAUCACUGAGUCCCGAAAUGGGAAUGCUUAUUAUGCAGCUUUUCACACCCUCAGCUCUGGGAUCGGAUUCCAGGCCCUUGUACUUCCUCUUGCUUUCACAGCUCUUGGAUGGGCGUGGGGAAUCAUAAGCCUGUCUGUGACAUUUGUGUGGCAACUGUACACCAUGUGGUUGCUAGUUCAGCUCCAUGAAUCCUCCCCUGGAAUUCGCUACAGCCGAUACCUCGGGCUCUCCAAGGCAGCUUUCGGUGAAAGGCUGGGGAAGAUCCUGGCCUUAUUUCCAACUCUGUACCUGGCAGGCGGGACAUGUGUGAGCCUGAUAAUGAUGGGAAGCACCACACUAAAAAUCUUCUUCCAUACUGUUUGUAGAACAACCUGUAAUGCUAAUUCACUAUCACUUAUAGAGUGGUACAUAGUCUUCGUGUGCCUGGCAGUUUUGCUGUCCCAGCUUCCCAACUUGAAUUCCAUUGCUGGGGUUUCCCUGAUCGGUGCAAUCACUGCUGUAUCAUACUGCACCCUGACCUGGAUCUUGUCUGUGUCCAAAUCCAGGCCCUUAGGAGUGUCAUAUGAGCCUGUAAGAAUGAUAUCACAAGUUGGGAAUGUUUGCAGUGUUUUGAAUGGCCUUGGGAUUAUUGCGUUUGCUUUUAGAGGGCACAAUGUUGUCUUGGAGAUUCAGGGAACUAUGCCUUCAUCUGCAAAGAAUCCAUCAAGUGUGCCAAUGUGGAAAGGGGUGAAGUUUGCAUACCUGAUCAUUGCUGCUUGCCUGUUUCCAAUGGCUAUUGGAGGCUAUUGGGCAUAUGGAAACCUGAUACCAGCAAAUAACGGAAUGAUGAGUGCUCUGGAUAAAUACCACGGCAGUGAAAUAUCAAAGGCAAUAAUGGGGAUGACCAGCCUCUUAAUUGUCAUCCACAGCUUGACUUCAUUCCAGAUAUACGCAAUGCCCGUGUUUGACAAUAUGGAGUUCAAAUAUACCAGCAACAAGAACAGGCCAUGCCCUUGGUGGGUUCGGGCAGGGAUUAGAGUUUUCUUUGGCUGCCUGGCAUUUUUCAUCUCCAUUGCGCUUCCCUUCUUGAAAAGCUUGGCUGGGCUGAUAGGGGGGAUAGCUCUACCAGUUUCACUUGCAUAUCCCUGUUUGAUGUGGAUUAAAAUCAAGAAACCCGAGAAGAAUAGCUUUAUGUGGUGGCUUAAUUGGAUACUAGGAUCUCUAGGAAUGAUACUAAGUGCUUUGCUUGUCUUUGGAGCAAUAUGGACUAUAGCAACACAAGGAAUUGCAAUCCACUUCUUCAAGCCAGAAUAAGUAGAUGGACACUGGGAUUCACGAAACAAAUCAUAUUGAAUGUACAAAACAAUGAAAAUAGAGUGAGCAUUUUAUUACAGAAAUGAUAGCUUAGCUCCCUUACAAAUUAUGAUCAAUAUUGGCAAGAAUCCACCUUCUCUUGCAACAAAUAUUCAAGGACACUGAAUUUGGCAAACCAAAACUUUCAAA